AAGCCCCGCCCCUCACGACGGAGACGUCCCGUGGUGCCCCGCGCGGGCCGAGCCAUGGCGGCGGCGCUGGCGGCGCUGGGCCGUGCCGCGGGGCUGGCGGCGGGCCCCGGGCGGCUCCUCAGGGCCUGCGGCGCCACCUGCGCGGCCGAGGGGGGCCUGGCCCGGCGGCUGAGCUCGGCGGAGCGCCCGAAGCGGCCGCUCACGGCCUAUUUCCGCUUCGUCAGCGAGCGGCAGGGCCCGCUCCGCCGGCAGCACCCAGAAAUGAGUAAUACGGAGCUGGUUAAAAAGUUGGCAGGUGAUUGGAGGGAGUUGCCAGCAUCGCAGAAGCAGGUUUAUGAGGAAGCAAGAAAGGCAGACUGGCGAAUAUAUGAAGAGCAGUUGGCUGCAUAUAAAGCACAGCUAACUCCAGCCCAGGCUGCGGCUUUGAAAGAAGAAAGGAGGAGACGACUGGCGAAAAGAAGAUCGUUCAGGAAAAAGAGAGAAUUGACUGUGCUUGGAAAACCUAAAAGACCUCGUAGUGGCUUUAACAUUUUUGUGUCAGAAAACUUUCAAAAAAGUGUGGGAGUUUCACCUGCGGCAAAGCUGAAGCAGUUAUUCGAAACGUGGCAAAAUCUGCCCAGUUCUGAAAAACAGCCAUACCUGCAGCUUGCUGAAGAUGAUAAGGUUCGGUAUGAAAACGAAAUUAAGUCCUGGGAAGCAAAAAUGGCUGAACUUGGACGUCAAGACCUGAUACGUUCCAAAGAACAGCAGCCGAAAAAGAAGACUGCUGAAACUGUGCAGGAAGCUGACCGAGCCAAAGCUCCACUACGUGGAAAGAAGGCAAUAUUAAAGUUGAAAAAAUCAGAAGAAUAAAAUAGCUAAGUAUUUUAUAUUUAAUCCCCUUUGGCUGUCAUGUCUUUAUCCUGCUGUGUUAAUGCUGUGGUCAGCAUUAGCACUUAAGUUUGGAAAACCCAUAAAGGGCCCGCUGAGAAGUUGAGAAGGAGAAGUUGAAAAGGAAGGUGAUCAGGUAAGAGAGAAAUCGGUGUUUCUUGGAACUGACUGAAAUAAUCAUUGCAGGUGUAACCUGAGCUGCGUAACGGUAAUCGGUUAAUCAAGCUGUGAAUAGUGGUACUCACUGACAUUAGCAGAGCUCUCUUAUAAUGGUAGAUAUCCAGUAGCUUUUAUAAGGUUUUUUUAUGAAAGCAAGAAUAUUCUACAAUGUUACCAUCUUCUGUAAAUAAGAGCUGAAAUCUGAGUAAACACUGCUGUUUUUAAAUUCCCUCCAUUGUAUUGGUAGAGAAUUUAUUCCCUCCAUGGUAUUAGUAGAGAAGGGAACUGUUCAACAUUUCAAGAAAAGGCACAAGAUAUGUAAAAUACUAACUUUUAUGCAUCGACCUUUUUGUACGUAUCUGUGUAUACCACUUACGUUGCAUUUAAUUAAAGACCUUAUGAGUUUUGUAUAAACA